UAGGGCAGGGGUGUCAAACUGGUGGCCCACCAGCUGUUGAAAAACUACAAGUCCCAUCAUGCCUCUGCCUUUGGGAGUCAUGCUUGUAACUGUCAAUCUUGCAAUGCCUCAUGGGACUUGUAGUUUGGCAACAGCUGGAGGGCUGCCAGUUUGAAACCCGUGCCCUAGGCCAGGGUAGGCAACCUGAGAGCCGCAGGCUGCAAGUCAUAGCUGUAACUGUCAGUUUUGUAAUCUUUGCAGUGCCUCAUGGGAAAUGUAGUUCCACAACAGCUAGAGAGCUGCAGGUUGCCUACCCCUGGCCUAGG